CAGCUCGGGCUCAGUUGUGCAUAUUUUUACUAGAUCAAUACCAACUGUCUAAUGAUUUUUUUGUCUUUGUUGCCGCGUAACUGCGCACUGACCAAAUACUAAACCGUCACCCCAAACGUUGCAAAAGUACUCGACACGGAAUUGACGGAAUUACCACGUCCUGUCUGGCAACAAUUUCUGUUUAAAAAAAAAAGAAAAAGGAAAGAAAUGGCUAGAGGUGUGUAGCGUGUGUAGCAACGACGACUGCGACAGCACCGACUCUCAGCGCGAAGAACACACCUGAAUUAUGUUUUCGUCCUUAUACUCGUGCUGAAUAUGAAGGGGAUGACAUUUGCUCUGAUUUCUGGCUUCCUCGCUGCUCUCGCUUCCUUAUGUGGGAAGUUUUCUAUGACAGCGGAUGAAACGCAAAACUUGUGCGAGAUCUUAUCUUCUAAUUGGUUUUCAAAUGGAAGCUCUCAUUACUUUUGCGACAGGAUGGUUACGACGCUACGACUUUCUUUCUUUACCUUGAUGAUUACCUGCAACGCUGUUAUGUGGACCUUAUUCACAAAAGCAUUACGGCUUUGCACAACCACUUUGGAAGCUACUGUCACGAACACUGCUUCCAAUUUUUUCUCCACGGCUAUCUUUGGCCAGACCUUGUUUGGUGAACGUCUGACACUGCUGUGGUGGCUUGGAACAGUGCUGAUACUCUUUGGUCUUUUGCUGAUGCACAAGGGUAGUCAAGUUGGCAAACCAUGGCAUACACAAUACAGUCGGGAACCUUCGCAUCACUUCAAGAUAUCGUGAAGGAUGUGUGUCCUUGCCACUGCAUUCUUUUUCGUCAUGACAAGGCUGUUGUAGCUGUACUGUAAGCAGGGCUGCUGAGGUGUUUAUUUGUGGCAUACUCCUUUCGUUGCUAGCGCUUUUCGCACAUAAUAAACACAAUCUACCCUGGCA